AAUUCAGAGGAAGUAGGAGACUUUUAACUUGGACCUCAGAGGAGCAGAAGAAGACAGGUCGGUUUGAGCCUCACAUUCAGCUUUGCUUCAACUUUAUGCUGUUUACGAGGUUCAUUAGCAGAAGCAUGUCCUCUACUCUUCAUUGUCAUGUCAUCUGGGAGUCGGAGGGGCUGGUGGCCUACCUCCACCCCCGACCCUGGACCCCCGGCUCUGUGAUUCUGGAGAGCAGCAGCAGCCCUGGCAGCCCAGGAGGCAGCAUCUUCCACCUACAGGAAGCAGAGUAUUUAUCCUGGCUGCUGGGGGCGAGAGCUGUUGCUGAGCUGCUGUGUGACAGGCUGAAGGUUCGGAGGUGUGCGCUGGUCAGCAGACCUCACAGAAACACACCUGUUCAGAUCCGUAUCCUCCCCCUGCAUGGUCUGGAUGCAGAGUGGCGCCCUCACCUGGCUGGAGAAGAGGAGCACAAUGCCCAUGACCCUGGGUACUGCACCUCCAAGACCGCCCCUCGAUGGAGCGACUCCAGACUCACUGAAAUCCAGAGUAAGAUUCGAGCCAGGCUCUCCUCCCCUGACGCCCCACCUGAUGUGACUUUCCUCGGGGACGAUCCAGCUCACCCCGGCCUGUUCUCGCGUAUUGUUCGUGGCGAGGAGCAGCAGUGGCGGAUUUGGGAGGACAGAACUCACGUGGCUUUUCUCACUCCUUUCCCCAACUCUCCAGGGUUUACUGUGUUGGUCCCACGCCGGCCUUUGACCUCUGACAUAUUCAGACUAGAACCAGGAGAUUAUGCAGGCCUGGUUUUGGCUACGAAGAAGGUGUCGCAACUCCUUGAGGAGGGAUUGGGUGCCUGGGGGGUGGGGCUUAUUUUCGAGGGUUUUGAGAUUGACUAUGCUCACGCCAAGUUGAUUCCAUUGUUUCUGCCUCCGUCGUUAGGGGCAGAAGGAAACACCACUAAACCACCGUCUCGCCAGUUUUACCCCACUUACCCUGGAUAUGUAACUUCAGAAGAUGGACCUGAAGCCAGCUUAGACAGUCUCAAGGAGAUGCACGCUAAAAUUACUCAGAUUUAAUGCUGUUUAAUACAAUUUGAUUCCUACUGAGAUAACAAAUAAAACGUUUCACUUUGUCA